CUGAAGUUAGUUCCUUUUUGCCAAGCCUGACAGGAAUUAGCUGUCUGUUUGAUCAACUUGUUUGCUAAGGAAGGUCCGGCUAGUGGGUGUGGCUGCUUCUAGUUCAAGUUUUAUGGGCAGGAAAUCUGUUUUGUCUUUCAGUUCCAUCCAGUGGAUGUCUUUGGAACACCUGUUAUACACAAGUAAAUGAGACACACGUGUUCCCUGCCCCCAGUGCAAUAAAAAUGCAAGUUAGGUAGGAAGUAAGGACUAUUUGAAAGGUGCAACACAGAGCUGGAAGGGUUCAGAGGUAGGAGAAAUCACCUCUGGCCCAGAGGAGUCAGGCUACUGGAGAGAGUGGCUGUCGUGAACUGAGGGGGCCUGAGAGGAGAAUACAUUCCUGGAGAAUGGCUCCAGCAGAGGCUUUUAGGAGAGGAGGCUGAGGGAGCCUGGGAGCAGGUACAAAAGUGGGAGCACAGCACAUGCCCAGGGGCUACUGACGCAGAUGGCACAGGAAGUGAAGACUGGAGUUUUCUUAUAGAAAACAAGGUGACACUUAAUUUUAAUUGUAUAUGCCAUGGGAGCUGUGGAAUGUUUUGGGGCAAGAGGGGGGCAUCAUUAUGUCUGUGCUUGGAGAUGAUUGACUAGGCAGCAGUGUGUAGGAUGGCCUACAGUAGAUCACUUAGGGAAGCAUUGGUUUAGCCCAGGGAAGUCACAGAAAUUCAACCAUGGCUCUGAAGUUGAUAUACACAGAAUAACAUGGUUUGGGGAGAUUUUGUGGACCUAGAGAACAUCAAAAAGAAAAGAAAAAAAAAACCAAAAUCCCAAAGUUUUGGCCCUGGGUGUUUUGGAGCAUGGUGGAUGGAUUUGCAGAAAUAGAGGACUCAGGAGAACCCUGGAGUGGGGAUGGAGAGGGCAAGCAAUUUGUUUUUUGAACAAGCUGCGUUUGAACUGCUGGCAGAAUACCCAGCUGGAGAUGUGUAUUUUAAAGUGUUGAGGAGUGGAAGCCAAACAUACAGAGGGGACAAGAAGAGGAAAGGGAGCCCCAGCGGACAGAUAGGAGGUAGCUGGGGAUUCUUGUUGGGUUAGGAGCCAAGAUGGCCCUUUGGCCUGGACAUGGAAAGUCUGUGGUAUCACGGCUUCUGCAGAGGUGGAGGACCCUGAGGAAUGAGGCUAGAUCUUGGAUUUAGCAAAUUAGGAAAACACACAUCACUUUUCAGAGUUGCUUUAGUGGAAAAGUCAAUUAUCUGCUCUUAGCCUGUAGUCUGUUCAUCCCAUGGCCUUUCCCAAGUGGGCCAGGAGCCAGAGAGAUGGCUUCUAGUUCUGGCUCUGCCACUACCUGUGUAAUUUUGAGCAAGUCAUGUAUGCCUGGACUGGCAUAGGAAGACAUUUGCCUUAAUAAAACCAAAAGGACCCUUUUAUUCCUAGCAACACCUAAAAGUCCACAGAGCCCAGGUUCCAUGGGGCACACUUUAGAAAAUGCUGAUACAGAACCAGAAUUUUAGAGCUCUGAAGAACCAAAGAAUUUUAUCCAAUUCCCUCACUUAACAAAUGAGUAAACUAAUACUCAGUGAAUAUUGAUUUCAAACAUAUCAUAUUGAUGGGACCCAAAAUACCCCUAUAAAGUAGUUAUGCUUAAACCUGUUUUGGAGAUUCAAAAACAGGCUCUGAGAAGUUAAAUGACUUGCCCAGGAUCACAGAGCAGCCAGUGGUGGUGUGAGAUUUGAACCCAGGCCCCUAAGUCAGGGCCUUCUCUGUCCCACUUCCUGUUGCCCCACUGGUUGUCAGCACUGAAUGCGUUUAAAACUGGUUGAAUGGAAUGCUAGUAACUUCAAACAUUUUCCCUUUCUUAGAAGGAAUGUGUUCCAAAAGUCAGGUUCAGUUUGACUGCAUUACAUAUAUAUGUUACUAUUAGUACAUAAAAGCGGGAGAGUACACAGCCAACAGUUCCCGAAGUUACAUUUUAAGAAACAGUGCCUUAGACCAUGUGAAAGCUCAUUAUGUUUCAUCAGCUCUGAGGAGUGGGAAGACAGAGGCCUGAAUAGAUGCGGCCUGUUGAAAAAUACUCUGAGCUGAUCCUGUGAUUGCUUACUCUUUCCUCUUACUGCUGUUUUCCUUUGCUUUGACCAAGUCCAUUGUCUUCACUGCUGGCCUCCUGACCCUGACCACACCCUUCUUAACAGACGCAUGAGGCUGCAUUUACUAGAGUGAGUCUUGAGACAAGGAUGAAAUAUUUCUAAACCACUUCAGCAAAGCAGCUAUUUUGAAAUGACUGGUGGCAAAAGUCCCUCUUAACUGCACUCUGGACUGGAGGGACAAGGCUGAGCAUUUCACGGGCUCUCCAGCCACCAGGUGGGCCAGUGUCACCAGAUAACCUGUUUAUCCUGAUGGUAAAGAAGGCACGUGGCUGAUGAGCAGGGUGGCGAGGCCGCCGAGUGAGGCAGAGGGUCCAGCCUGGGAGACAGAGGACGAAGACACGGCAGAAGGCGAUUUAGGGUAUGGCCUUGGAAGAAGACCCGGCGGGAUUUAUGAAGCUCAAGUUUCACAUUUAUUUACGUCUAGAAAAAGUUCAGAUGGGAAGAAUUUUAGUCCUCCCCCAUUUUCAAGAAACAAGGAAGAAAGAAAUGGAGCCACUUUUCAGUAUUCCAAGCAUAAGAGCGUGCCGGAUACGUACCUGGAAGGGACCCGAAUUUCCCAUCGCAGACGACAGAGUAGCACUGAUUCUAAUUCAGAGUUGUCAAAUGUGGAAUUAAGGCAACAUCUUCAUGAAACUUUAGAGGAGGUAGAAAUCUUGAAAACUGAACUUGAGGCAUCUCAAAGACAACUUGAAGGUAAAGAGGAAGCAUUGAAAAUUCUUCAAAGCAUGGCAAUAUUUGGCAAAGCCACAAGUCAUACCCAGGCAGUGCUUCAAAAAACUGUGGAACAAAAGAGAUCCUUGGAGAAGGAAAUAAAUGCCUUGCAGUGGGAAAUAGAAUUUGAUCAGAAUAGAUUUAAAAAUAUAGAGGAAUCUUGGAUCCAAAAAUAUGACAGGCUAAACUGUGAAAAUGCAGUCCUCAAAGAAACUCUGAAACUGAAAACAGAAGAAAUUAAAAUGCUCAAGUCUGAAAAUGCAAUUUUGAAUCAGCAGUAUUUGGAGGCCCUCGCCAUGCUUGAUAUCAAACAGCAGAAGAUGGCUCAGGAAAACACGUGUCGGGGUCGAAAGUUACUUUUGGCUGCAGCUUUUGCAGGGACAGUUAUCAGGAGCCAGAAGUUGAGAAGGGAAAAUACCAAUCUACCACACAGCCACCAUUUGUACACUCCAGUCAACUAUAAGCUUGCAGUCCUGGGAGCCUGUGUUUGUCAUGGUCCCAGAGGGAGCCCCUGUGCCUGUGCCAAAAUGGCAGCAUCCACUCGGAAAAUGGUUCUUCAGCUCAAACAGGAGUUGGGACUUUUGCAGAAGAGUAAAGAAGAAGCCUACAUAAUGGCAGAUGCAUUCAGAAUUGCAUUUGAGCAACAAUUAAUGAGGAAAAAUGACCAGGCACUAAGAUUUACACAAAUGGAUAAAAUGUGUAAGAAACCAACAAAAUGGAUAAAUUGGAAGCACCUUAAAGAGGAUGGGUUACCAUCACAAAGUAAGAAGACCUUAGGGCAGAAACUGCUGAGUAUGCUCCCUUCAGAAAACAGUUCUAAGAGCACUGAUGAUCAGGAUGAUCCUCAGGAAGUCUUUCAGAUGCUAACAGAUUUGCUGAAUGAUAAAGAAGAAGCUUUGGCUCAUCAAAGAAAAGUUAGUUACAUGCUUGCUCGGGCUUUGGAAGACAAAGAUAACACGUCAAAAGAGAAUAAAGAAAAAAGUCCUAUGAAAGACAAUUCUCCAUUAAGAAAUCGCUGGCAGAAAACUUCAGAAUUCCCCAUUUUGUGUGACUGUGUCCAUUCAAGCGUUCAGAUUUUUAAUUCUGUGAACUGCAUUUGUUCAGUUCAGCACUUUCAUACAGAUCAAAACUACACAAGAACUCUUAAAAGAUCCCAUUCUUUGCCAUCAAAUAUCAGGUACUGAAGACAAACCAGUUGAAAUUAGAACUGAGAGCUGUUUAUAUCGAGACUGAAGAAGGACUGUAAAUGCUACUACAUCUUCAGAAGUUGUAUGUUUCCAGGAAUUUCUAAAUUUUAGGAGGCAGCUUAAAUAAAUAUUUUCUAUAAGAAAUUAUUAA